AAUGAUCGUUUUUUGCGUUUCCAUUUUUGGUCUCGAGAUUCAGGGCCGUGGGACGCGUAGAAUUUGACUAAUGAAUGAAAGUAACGCGUGCAUCGUCUCUGCGCGAAUGAGACGAUGCAUUUAUAAAUAAACCUGGCAAGAUUGAACCUUGAAAACAGUGGAACUCCCAGUGACAGAUAGAAACUGUAGAAACCCUAUGGCAUUUUUUUCCUUUUUUCUCUUCGCUAGUGUGCAUGUGUAUGAGUGCUUUUUUUUAUUCCUUUUUUAUCUUUAACCUAUUUCCCGAGAGUCGGUCAGGAUCGUGGCAAAAUGUCAAAAUCAGAUUCUCCGAAAAUUGUGACAGCCUUGUUUUCCUUCAAGGGAAAGAACAACGACGAGCUCUGUUUCAGGAAGGGCGAUGUUAUAACCGUGACACAAAUGGUUGAGGGUGGCUGGUGGGAGGGCACAUUGAAUGACAAGACAGCCUGGUUUCCAUCGAAUUAUGUCAAAGAAUGUCAAAGCAGCGAAACUGCUCAUUCGUCUGUGAAGUCAUCACCCGAAAAGAGCCAAGAGUCACCGGUUAAAGAUUUGAGGUUGAAUCGUGAUAUUGUACUCAAAGAUUUGGUGGACUCGGAAAAAGCAAAUGUCGCUGAAUUACAAGGCCUCGCUAACAAUUUUCUACAACCGCUUGAAUCCACAAAUAUACUGAACAAAAAAGAGUACAAGCAAUUAGUCGGUAAUAUAUACGAUGUGCUGGAGACGCAUCAGCGUCUUUUGAGCAAUCUCGAGGCAACGAUUGCUCAGGGACCGGACGCUAGAGUGGGCAACCUGUUCCUAAUGUUGGCACCGAGACUGAAAACCGUUCACACAACUUAUUGCAAUGGACAUCCUCAAGCUGUUUGCAUAUUGGACCAAUACAGGGAUGAGUUGAACGGAUUCAUGGAACGGAGCGGGGCCGUGACACCCGGAAUUUUGGUUAUGACGACUGGCCUAAGCAAACCAUUCCGUAGACUGGAUAAAUAUUCCGCGAUGUUGCAGGAAUUGGAGAGGCAUACGGAGAAGAAUCAUCCGGAUCGCGGCGACACGCAACGCAGUGUUUGCGUUUACAGGGAAAUUUCGGAACGCUGCGCGUCAAUAAGAAAACAAAGAGAGCUGGCUCUCCACGUGCUAACAGGAGGAAUAAAAGGUUGGGAGGGUGAGGAGUUGAACACACUCGGAGAAAUUCUUCACGUGGGCCCGGUUACGCUGGUCGUCGGUGCCGAAAGAAGGGAUCGAUAUUUUGUUCUCUUCCCAAUGAAUUUGCUCGUCUUGAGUACGAGCCCAAGAAUGAGUUCCUUCGUUUACGAAGGAAAAUUACCACUGACUGGAAUCGAUGUCGUAACUGUCGCAGAUACAGAUGAUGUGAGGAACGCAUUUGAAAUAUCAGGUCCUAUGAUCGAGAGUAUAGUGGUGAUGUGCCCAAGCAAGGAAGAGCGUCAACAGUGGAUGGAUCUUCUGAGCCAGGAGCAGAGCAUCGCGAGUCCGGUGAGGUCGCCGAGCGCCUCGCACAUGAGCAAUCAGUCGAACGGAAAGAGCCAUCAAUCGGGAGUGGAACACUGUUCGUCACCCGGGAUUAAGACACCGUGGAGCUUAGCUUCUUUACGACCGGCGCCGCCUCUGUAUUCGCUCAAGAUUUAUGGGAAAAGUGAUAGCGCAGAAUCCGUCAGGAGUCCACGUACGCUUAACGAACGGCAGUUCGAGGAUGAUGCGAUAAUUUUGAAGGUCAUCGAAGGUUAUUGUCUGAAGGUCAAUGCCAGGUUUACUGUGCAUUCUGCUCUGUUGGAUAACGAGACGACUUAUAUUUCGUGCGAAAACAGGAGCCUCUCGGAGACUGUUGAAACCCUGAAGAACCACAUUGCUGAUUUGCAGUCGAAAAUGUCACAAUUGACCAGCCAACUCGAGGAAGAAAAACGCUCACGUUUGCUCCUCGCAGCUGUCGUUAAACGUAGCAUCACCAAUAACGACACUAUCGUGCCUUAGGAAAGAGCAAGAUCCUGUCUGACGCAGAUAUAAUAUUCGUUCCUUUUGCGGGUGCCAUUAUUCUGCCAUUUACGUAAAUAGUAUUGUUUAUAUUUUGCGAUUAUUUUUUAGACUAUUUUUUCUAGGAACGAUGGCAACGCGGAAUUUCAUGGAGUAUUUUUGGACACGGAGAAAUCUUUAGUUUAAAAUGGUACCCCAUUGAAACCCUUCGUAAAAAUGUUUUAUUUUUAAAAAUGUUUGACACCUGCGGGUCGUGAUUUUACUGUUUUAGGCCAAUUUCAAUAUUUCGAUGACAGCGUUGAUUUGUUUCUUUUUCAAUAUUUCCGGACAUUUUUAGCUUCGGGAAAAAUGAUACUGCAAAAUUGCAUCUUUUGAACAUUGAUCUUGGGUUUAAAAAUGUCAUUUCGGGUGCACUGAACUUCCUGUUCUGUCGCGAUUUCAUUAUUUUAGCGUAAGUUUAAUGAUGCGCGGAUGACGUUAAUUUUAUUUCGACUAUGAUAUUAAGUCUUGAAAAAAAAUGCGAUAAUCCAAAGUGGCAUUCUGUACAGUUUUUAAAUGUCAUAAAUCCAUUAUCGCUGAAAGGUUUCAAUAACGUGCAAUGAUAAUUUUUCUCACAAUUUUAUCACUUUGUAGCCUGAAUUUAUGAAGGUCGGACCUGGCGCUGAUAUUUUUCCGAUUUUUUCCCACGAUCUCAACCUCUGAACAAAACAUUGAAAAAUUUCCUCGUAUCCCAGUGUUCGAAGGUACCUAAAAUAAUCCUUAAAAAACAGUUAAUUUUGAAAUUUUAAUUAACCCUAAUCACUCACACUUCUCCAGGAGAAUUUUCCAACAAGCGUCACAAAUAAGGUCGCUUAGAUCCCAAAUGAGUGAUUAGGGUUGAUACAAUUUUGUGUAUAAUACGGAACUUUUGUGUCUACCAUGUUGUGUUUUGGCUACAUCACAAAUGUAAAAGAAAUAAAUUUUUUGUUGUAUUCUCA